AGACAGGCUCAGAACAGGCUCUUCAGUGGAGUGUGCACUAAAGCUGACUUGACUAUGUAGCGUAUGUGUGUAUCAUCUGUGAAGGAUCUGAACUUCAAAUUUGUAAGUGCCACUGCAAACAUGAUGACCUUGGCUAAAGCCCUGUACGACAACACCGCUGAGUGUUCUGACGAGUUGGCCUUCAGGAAGGGGGACAUCCUCAUGGUGAUGGAAAAGAACGUGGAGGAUACCAGCGGAUGGUGGAUGUGCUCGCUGUACGGACGUCAAGGUUUGGUCCCUGCAAACCGCCUGUGCCUCCUCUCUCAGACCACCGGCUGUCCCACAGCUACCCUCCGGCCUCUGCAGGACAAAACACCUCCAUCAAACCAUCAGAAUACUCUGCACAACAUCUACCAGAUCCCCACUGCACCCAAACCCAGCAACGGAGAGAGGACAGAGAUACUCUAUAAGGUUCCAACUAUUCCUCUGUCAGUGAGCCCCAAACUAUCAACUUCUAAGCAGACCUCUGAUGAACAGCAGGGAAACAAGCCUUUCAACAUGGCUGCCUUGCCCAGAGGGGAGCUUUACGAUGUCCCAAACCAAGGAAGACGAGCGUCCCUCUUCCCUGCAUCAACUACUCCACGGUUUUCAUACCGUAAACACUCACUUGUGCCAAUUUCAGAAAUGCAUAAAAGAUCUGACUCACCCCUGGGUUUUGAAUAUGAAAGAUCGAAACACUCUUGUAUUUAUGAUGUGCCACCCAAGUCACCACAGGACCCCAACUAUGAUAUUCCCAUCCCCUCUGGCACAGACACCCAAAAGGCAACCAUCAGUGGCUACAGCACAAUGCCUAUUCUGAAAAAGUCUGAAUGGAUCUAUGAUGUUCCAGUGAGUCCAGAUAGAAAAAGUCCUCCUCCAACCUUUACUCCACCAAGACCUAUGGGUGAAGAGCAGUUGUAUGACACAAUUCCAAAACGUAAAGAUCCUGUCCAAAAUUGCCAAAAAUCCCCUCUAUUGUACAAUGUUCCAAAGUCCAGAUUGCUUGAUAGCCCUCCCACUUUACUACCAAGAAUUCCAGUUCCUUCAAAACAACUCAAUAUUGGGCAAGAAUCAGUAUAUGAUCUUCCAUCUGAUGAUCACAUCCCUCUAGAAUGCAGAGUUGAACCUCCUGAAGCUACUAAAGUACCUUUAUAUCGAAGGAAGACUUGUUCGUCAUUGCACAAUGGUUCGGAUCAUCAUGCGUCUAUGUUGCUUGAUGAGAAUGAUCAAAAUCAACGAAUUAGUACGGCUUCCAGCUCCUCUAGCAGCUCUUGUGACUCCUUAGCUCUGUCGUCACCUUCUCCAGAACCUUUAAGGGAAGUGCUUCUGUGGCAGGAGGAAGUCUGUCCAAGAUUUUUGGAGCUCCAGGACAGAGUUUGCAAAGCCGUGGCCCAGAUCAUGAACUUUGUCAGCAGUGGCUGGAGGAGCAAGAACCACAUGGAAAAGCAUUUAGAAGAGAUCAGGGAAGCAGCUAUAGAAGUCGCCUCCUCACUCAACGGCUUUCUCAACUAUGCUCUGGACAUUAAAGGCAAUGCGCGCAGAUUAACAGAUGCUAACCUGCAGGCCAGACUGUACAAACAGCUGUGUGUGGUGGAGGACUCGGGGGUCGUCCUCCAGCAGACACUUAGUGCGCUGAAUGCAGCUGGCUGGACUUUAGACCUGUUGAGUCAAGAGGCAGGCCAAGCACAAACCGCAGAUCAGCUGGAGAGAUUUGUUAUGGUGGCACGAACCAUUCCCGAAGAUGUGAAACGCCUCGUGUCUAUGAUAAAUGCCAAUGGAAAGCUUCUGUUUAAGCCGCUGCCAAAAGAAUCAGAGCUAUUCCACAGUGGGGCAUCAAGCCCACCCAAGGCCCCAGAGACCCGGGACCAGGAUGUGAACGAGGGGGAGGAUGACUAUGUUGAGCUACAGACAAAGACUGAUUUUGAAAACCAGCAAAAGGAGGUGAAAAAAGAUCCAAUGGAAAAUGUCACAGUAGCAUCAAACAAUGUACUGAAUGAUAAGAAUCCCCCUUUGUCAGAGGCUCCGGUUGAGGCCGAGGAGCAGCGACCUGUCUCUCUCUCGGAGCACUGCAGGCUGUACUUUGGAGCUCUACAGAAGGCUAUUGGAGGAUUUGUCUGUAGUCUCCAGGAUGGCCAACCUCCAGAGAAGUUUAUCUCCCGGAGCAAACUGGUGAUCAUGGUGGGACAAAGGCUGGUCAACACGCUGUACAAAGAGGCCCAGCCUGGAGAAUCACGCCAGAGUCUCCUGUGUAAGAGUAACCACCUGUGUGCACUGCUCAAGCAACUGGCUGUGGCCACAAAGAAGGCAGCGCUGCACUUCCCUGACCGGCAGGCAGUGCAUGAGGCCCAGGAGUUUGCCCAAGAGCUCGCCCAACGAGCACAGCACUUUCGCCUGUCACUGAACCUCUGAGUGCCUCUGUCAGACAUAUGCACUCAGCAUUAAACAGGAGCCCCAUUUCACUUCAUUCAUCAUCAUGUUUUAUGAAUACAUUGUUAUUUUGGUCAUUUUAGUCAGCAUUUGUUUGAGGUACUUGGCUGACUUUACAAACCCUUUAUUAACUAAUGCCAUCAAAUAAAAAAAAAAACAAUAUUGAUACAACAGUAUUGAUACUUCUUUUUGUACUGAGAUGUAUUUAUGCUUCAGAUUCAUUGGCAGAUGUGAUGUUGGUAAGGGUACUAAACUACUCACUUAGAAAUUGCACAGCUGUGAUAGUUGGGUUAUUUAGUGUAUUUGUAAGAGGCGUUAUUGCUUAUUUAUUUGUAACUUUUGUUUUAUUUUCACUGAAUGUGUAUAAUACAAGAGUAGUCCUGGUCUAACUGUAUUCUGUAAAUAGUUAAAUAUGCAUUCCCAUCUUUUGUUGGCAAAAGAUACCAAGCUGUCUAUGUUGGUGUUAAACGUGCAUAUGCUUUGAUAUUGUCCUUUGUCCAAAAUAAAUAAAUCUGUAUAAACUCC